AUGUCGCCGCCAAAGUCCAGCCCGAGCGUUGACGAAAUUGAGGACCAUGUCGAAGCAGUCCUGUCCAAUGAGAUCGAGAAAGAUCACACUGAUUACGGGCGAGUAGACAAGGAGCUCGCUCAAUAUAUAUCGGACACCAGAAUCACCAUCAGCCCGGAGAAGAGCGAUGAACUGCGCCGCAAGAUCGACCGACGUAUCCUCACUGUCAUGAUCUCGACGUAUUUCCUGCAAGCUAUUGACAAGGGGACAAUGUCCUUUGCUUCAAUUAUGGGUAUCAAAGACGACACCCAUCUAGUUGGCCAGGACUAUAGUUGGUUGACAACCUGCGUUUUCAUCACCAUUCUCGUCGUUGAAUACCCUCAAAACUACAUAAUUGCCAGGGUUCCGAUUGCGAAAUAUCUCAGCUUCAAUAUCAUGGCGUGGGGUACAGUGCUGGCCUGCACUGCCGCCUGUACCAACUUCACUGGCCUUCUCGUGGUGCGGACGCUGCUCGGUCUCUUCGAGUCGGUGUGCCAGCCAUCAUUCGUUGUCUUAUCUGCAAUGUGGUACAGACGAGAGGAGCAAGCUCAGCGGGUGGCUUACUGGUACAUGAUGAAUGGCGCUCAACAGAUUGUAGGCGGCCUUUUGGCUUACUGCUUCAGUCUUAUCACCACGGGACCUUUGCAGUCAUGGAAGUGGCUGUUUCUCAUCUACGGAGUCAUCUCUGUUGUCUUCGGUCUCUUUGUUGGGUGGUGGAUGCCUGACUCUCCCAUGCGGGCCAAGUGCUUCACUGAAGAUGAAAAGCGCCUUAUGAUUGAAAGAGUUCGCGACAAUCAGACGGGCAUUCAAAACAGAGAAUGGAAGAAGAGUCAGUUUAUCGAAGCCCUGAAGGACCCUCAGAUCUGGGGCUAUUGCUUGGUUCAGCUCUGCACUACGCUGCCCACUUCCGGACUCGGCGCGUUCCAGGGUAUCAUAAUCUCAGGCAUGGGGUUUACUGUUCUGCAGACUCAGCUUCUGGCCAUGGUCCUGGGAUUUUACAUCAUCAUCGUGCUCCUGGGUUCGACAUGGCUGGUCAAACGCACGAACCAAAAUCUCUACGUGAUGACUGCGUUCAUCAUCCCGUCCUUCAUUGGCACCAUUUGUCUAAUGACAGUUCCCCUUGAUACGAGAAGCCAGAAGAUUGGUCUUGUUGUAUGCUACAAUAUUACCAUGUCCUUUUGGGCAGCCCAAACGUUGGCUCUGUCUAUGCUGUCACGGAAUGUUGCCGGACAAACCAAGAAAAGUGCAGCUGUAGCUCUUAAUUUCAUCUCCUGGGCAGCCGGUAACGCAAUUGGCCCCCAAGUAUUCCUGGCCUGGGAUGCACCUCGAUACUUUAUUGCCUUUGCUACUCAUCUCGGGUGCUAUACCUUACUUGUUAUUGUGCUUCUUGCUCUGCGAUUCUACCUAGCAAGGGAAAAUAAGAAGCGAGAUAAUUUGGCGGCUUCCGGAGUGCGCGAGGCUCGAGACGAGCGACUGGUGCACGCUUGGGAGGACCUGACAGAUAAGGAGAAUCCGAACUUUCGCUAUGUUAUCUAA